UCACAGUGCGCGGACUGUACUUCCUCAGUUGAGAAUGGCGACUGCAGCCUGCAGUACGCACAGUGCGUUAGCCAGCAAUACCAGCAAACAGCACCUGCUAAAACGGAGAGAUUCCCGCCGGAGACAAGCCGCUCUUCUGUUCCUCAGUAACAUUUCUCUUGAUGGACGGCCCGUCCAGCAGAAUACGGAAAAUGGCACCCUUCAGGGACACAGACAUAACGACUUUCUGGGGACCGAUGUUGGUGCAAGAGUGUCCAGGUUAUCUGUGGAGUCGAAUACCUAUGGUACCUUCGCCAACCUGUCAACGUCAGUGAGCUGCAGCUCUGUAAGCCCUGUCCCGAGACUCGGGGUUCUCAACGUCCCUCCCAUCCUGGUCCUUCCCUCAUCGGACUCAGAGCUCAACCAUGUCGGGACCACUGAGGUAUUUCUGGAGAGGGGAAGAGGGUCUUUCUCUUCGCAGGGAAAUCUUCUUUCCCCGAGUCUCUUACCAACUCCUCUCGGACCUAGAAAGUCAUCAACAUUGCUGUCAGUCCAGAGUUGUAACUCGAUGACUUCUGAGACCCGGCAAAGGACUCGUAACCUAUCAGGUUCUCCCAGACCCAGGUCAGUCAAGAAGGUCCAUUUCAUCAAGAACAUGAGGCAGUAUGACACCCAGGGCAGCAGGAUCGUGUUGAUCUGUGCCAAGAGGUCCCUGUGUGCUGCCUUCUCUGUGCUUCCCUAUGGAGAGAGCUUUCAUAUCAGUCUGAAAGUACACCGUAUAUUUAUUGUGUGUGUGUGUUCUUCAGGCCUGGAGGAUGUGUCCGACUACGACCCCAAUCUGCUCAGUGAUCCCCAGUGGCCCUGCGGCAAGCACAAGAGAGUGCUCAUCUUCGCCUCCUACAUGACCACGGUGAUAGAGUACGUCAAGCCGUCGGACCUGAAGAAGGACAUGAACGACUCGUUCAAGGAGAAGUUCCCCCACGUCAAGCUCACCCUCAGCAAGAUCAGGAGUCUGAAGAGAGAGAUGCGGUCGGUGGGGGAGGACUAUGACCUUCAGCCGGUCACCGUGGCGAUGGCAUUUGUUUACUUUGAGAAGUUGGUGCUGCAGGGUCGUCUGAACAAGCACAACAGGAAGUUGGUGUCGGCCGCCUGCGUGCUAUUGGCGGCCAAAAUUAGCAGCGACCUCAAGAAGCAGGAUGUCAAACAGCUGAUUGAUAAACUGGAGGAGCGGUUCAGGAUCAGCAGGAGAGAGCUCGUUCCUUUCGAGUUCACUAUUCUGGUGGCCCUGGAGAUGGCGCUCUACCUGCCUGAGAGCAAGGUGAUGCCACACUACCGCAGGCUGGUCAAACAGCAGUCCUAGACACCCAGACAGGCACCCAGACAGCCAGCCUGCCUGCCUGUCGUGCCCCCACUCAACCAGUCGUCCAGCAAAGCAUUCUGCUUCAUCUUGUGGGCCUGAAGUCCAACUACAAGUCACAGGCUACUCCCAUGGAGACCCCCCCCCCCCCCAAGCAGCUACACACCCUGGCCCUCAGGUGUCCCUGACCCCUGGGUGUCACACUGGCUUAGACUGCGCUGCCUGUCAAUCUCUACCGGAGGAAGCCGUUGAGCUGUGAAGUUCAGUUGGAGACUUGACUUCCAAUUAACUACCAAAAAGCCCCCUUCCUUUAUUGUGAACAGAUUCAUUUGGAGGGGAUUAUUUAUUGUAUUUUAUUGCAACAUAAAGGUAUAUGCUUCUUCAUAACCAAAUAACCCUCCUUUGCACUACUUAGGAACAUCAUUCACAUAGCCUAGCUACUCUGUGAUACUGUAGCCAUACCUCAGAGCAUCCUCUAUAUUCAACCACACAGAAGGCUGCUCUUAAUCAAAUGGCACUCAAACAACAGCAAAUCAAUAAUCAUUUUAUUCUAUAUCAAUACUGAUAUACAUUUCGCUCUAAGUGUCCUUGGGUGAAUUUGAGCAGCGCAAAUAAAAUGUAUUACUAUCAUAGUAUUAUAGACAAUAAUAUAUGUAUUUGUCUAAAUAUAUACAUGUAUUUAACCUCCUCGUGUAUCGCUUAUAGACUAAGUGAAUUCAAAAUGUAUUUUCAGUAGUGCUGAGUCAGGUAGUCUGUUUUACUGGUCACUUGAUUUACUCUGUACAGUGUCAAGCAGACACGUCAUGCCAUUUAGCAGGAGAAGAACUCCGUCCGAUAUUGACUUACUGUCUCGAUAUAUAUACAGUCAUAUACCCUUGUAUUUUUUGGUCUUCAUUCCUUUCAGUUUUACAUAUUUAAAUCUGUAGAAUUGUAUUGUGUUGUAGUUGCUAUAUGGAUCUUCCAGACCUUGCACUGAGGUACAACAGUGUGUGAAAGGUGCGUCAUCUGGAUGAUGCUGUUCUCUAUGUUAGAGAUGAAUACCACAUGGAGGAACACACUUUUGUAGUGUGUCGUGUCUGACUUCUGUGUGCUCUAUGUGUGUGUGUGUGUGUGUGUGUGUCCGUGUGUCCUAUGUGCCACUGUAAUACCCAUCUUCCUUGAUAUAAACAUUUUUUAUUUUUUUUUACUGUAUUUUUUACUUGGAUUUGGCUAUAAAGGGAGUCUCGGCUAUAAAGGGAAAUAUUCACAGUAUUUACAGUUAUCUAUGUCUUCCAUUGUUGUUGUUAUUGUUGUUGUCAUCUGUUUUGUGUUGGUGACAACUUUGACUUGUUAUCCGCCUAAGCAGCAGUGUGACAUUUGUUGUUGUUGUUGUUUGUGUUGUGCCUAAUACUUUUUUUGUGUACCUAAUACUAAGCACUUCCAAACAGAUUCUUUGCACUUUCCCUCCCUAAAGAAACACUGUGAACCAAACACGUUCAUUCUGUCUCAGCCAUCAAAGUGUGACAAAAUGUCACUUCAAUAUAUGUGAUGUAAUUGGCCUUAAUGAUGUUGAGAGAGCUAGUCAGUGCUAUCAGUGCCACCUUGUGGUCAUUGUUGCACAUUGCAUUAAGGGUCACACUAGUUUAUUUAUCCAACUCCAAUCUCUCUUUCUCCCUCUCUCUUCUCUCUCCCUCUCUCUCCUCUCCCCCUCUGUCUCUCUUUCUCUCUUUCUCUCUCCCCUACCUUGCUCACCUGCCCCCAUAUACAGUAGUUCUUUCCUCUAUUUGUUCAUAACCAAGCAUGAAUAUAAUCAACAAAGUGCCUGCUCAUACAGUCUAUCCUCUUGGUGAUCACCAUCACAUCCAAACUUAUUACACACCAUGUAGCGUAAAAGACUGCACACAAACGUUUUAUUUUUCCUCCAAGUAUGAGAGUUUUCGCUGUUGAUCUGACAACUAUGUUAACAAACAUUCUUAGUACAAUAAGGCUUGUGACCUUUUUUAAUAUAGGUGACACUGUGACUUUGACCAAAUACAGGGACAGCAUGGCUGAAACCCUUCAGUGCUUCCACAGGAACGGGUGGUACUAGUGUGUUGUAGUUACCUGGUUAUCUAAGACAUCCCCAUCCACUACCUGGGAAUCCAGAUGGGCGAGGAAUUUUAGGGACUCCUAAAAUCCUCCCUAUUGGUUGCGUUGUCCCAGACAACUUGAGCCAAUCACAAUCAUUGGAGGUCUAGAUUUUGGUGAUAAAACAUUUAGGCAUUAAACUGUCGCUACUUUGAAUGGACUGUGUGUGAAAACCUCCAACAAUUAUUGUAUAAAGCAUUUAUACUUUGUGAAGUCAAAUGUGGGUGACAGGAACUGACCAACAGUGAAAAAUACAUAUAGUAUAUACACAGCAACAUCUAUGGUUUUAACACUUUAAAUGUAAAGCUACUUGUAUGGUAACAAAGCAUUUGAAUGGUUUGUAAUCUCAUUGGGAUUGUCAGUGCCCUUUCUUCACCCUAAGUUCAUGUUCUGCAACGUUUAUCACUGAGUAAUGAUCCUAAACUCACCUGUGUAAAGUUCUGUCACACCCUCUCUCCAGUACAGUUUGGAAGGACGUGUGUGUUGUUCUUCAGAUGCAAAAGCCAACAAAAAAAUAUACAUAUAUUUUUGGACCCUA